UGGAAAAUUGAGAUGGAACAGAACAGUAUUACGACAUAUGUGAAGGACACUGCAGCAUACAUAACAAAAGACAAUUGCUGCACCAUUCAAUAUUAUAAUUGCCAUCGAUCACACAGUCACCAAACAAAGGAAACAUGUUUGAGGGGUAGCAAAAAAAUUGGGCAUGCUUGUCCCUUACGAAUUAUGUGCAAGGUUGAUUACUGGAAGACACAUGUGGGACAUGAAAAUUUGAUAAAAUAUGUGCGGCUGGAUCAAAAUUUGAUCAGAAACAUCGAGGAUCAAAUUAAAGCAGGCGUAGAUGAUGACUUUAUUAUAAAAAACAUAUGUUAAGAUUGUUAUAACAAAAAAUUACUGAGAACUUCGAUGAUAACGAAGAAAGAU